AACGCUGCGUUUUGAAUUUGGUGCUCCUUCCUCACUCAGAACGGAAGCAAGCAGCACUCUUUCGUCUUCUCGCCCUGCUGGGACGAUCCAGUCCAACUUUACUAGGUUGAAAGUGGUAUGAGCUCAAGUUAACAGCUAGAUUUUGGUCAUAAAGUGAUUUUUUUUCUGCUACAAGGCAAAGGGUGCUGCUGCAGAUCACAUUAAUUACUGAGCUCGACGUAGGUAUUUAAGAUCCUCAUCUUCUUCAGAUGGGAGGGCCCUAGCAAGACAGCAACAGUUUUCAUGAAUGUUAUGAGAGUUAACUUUAGUCAGUGCCGGUGGUUCUCAUCCUCUCCUUCAACACUCUCAGCAUCACUUCCAUGGAUCUCUCCUCUUCAGUUUACAAAAGUCAACACUCACAAACCAGACCCCCCACCCGAAACCACUACCACCCAGACGGAAACCAGGAGGAAAACCAAGUAUAUUUCUCACGAAUCUACCAUCAACCUAAUCAAACGUGAGAGAGAUCCACAACAUGCCUUGGAAAUAUUUAACAUGGUAUCGGAACAAAAGGGUUUUAACCACAAUAAUGCCACUUAUGCAACUAUCCUCCAGAAGCUUGCUCAGUCCAAGAAGUUCAAGGCUAUCGAUGCAAUUCUUCACCAAAUGACCUAUGAGACCUGCAAAUUCCAUGAGGGUAUAUUCCUUAACCUCAUGAAGCAUUUUUCAAAAUCCUCUAUGCAUGAAAGAGUGCUUGAAAUGUUCUAUGCUAUCCAGCCAAUAGUUCGUGAAAAGCCCUCUCUCAAAUGCAUCAGUACUUGUCUCAAUUUACUGAUUGAAUCGAAUCAGGUUGAUUUGGCCCAACAAUUUCUCAUGCAUCUGAAAAAGAAUCUUAACUUCAAGCCAAAUACGUGCAUUGUCAACAUCUUGGUUAAGCACCAUUGCAAGAAUGGGGACCUUGAAUCUGCCUUUGAGGUUGUGAAGGAAAUGAAAAAGUCUAAAAUUUCUUACCCUAAUUUGGUUACGUACUCAACUCUGUUGGGUGGUCUCUGUGAAAGUGAUAAACUCACAGAAGCAAUGGAGCUCUUUGAAGAAAUGAUUUCAAAGGAUCAAAUAUUGCCUGAUGCCCUAACUUACAGCGUUUUGAUUAAUGGGUUUUGCCAUGGUGGGAAAGUUGAUAGGGCUAGGAAGAUAUUGGAGUUUAUGAAGAGCAAUGGAUGCCAGCCAAAUGUAUUCAAUUACACGGCUCUGAUGAAUGGUUUCUGUAAGGAGAAAAGAUUGCAGGAGGCCAAGGAGAUUUUUCAUGAAAUGACGAGCUUUGGUAUAAAGCCUGAUACAGUUGGCUACACUGCUUUAAUCAAUUGCUGCUGUAGGACAGGAAAAAUGAAUGAAGCUAUAGAGUUGCUCAAAGAGAUGAAAGAAAGAGAAUGCAAAGCUGAUACUGUGACUUUCAAUGUGAUACUUGGAGGGUUGUGUAGAGAAGGUAGAAUUGAGGAUGCUCUUGAGAUGCUGGAGAAACUUCCUUAUGAGGGUGUCUAUCUGAACAAGGCAAGCUACAGAAUUGUGUUGAAUUUCUUGUGUCAAAAAGGUGAAUUGAACAAAGCGACACAGUUGUUGGGGUUGAUGAUGGGUAGGGGGUUUGUACCACAUUAUGCAACUUCAAAUGACUUGCUGGUUCGACUUUCUGAGGCUGGAAUGGCAGAAAACGCUGUUAUGGCUUUGUCUAGAUUAGUGGAGAUGGGGUUCAAACCACAGCCUGAUUCAUGGGCUCUUUUGGUAGAGUCAAUCUGCAGAGAAAGAAAGCUGCUGUCUGCAUUUGAACUGCUCGAUGAGUUAGUUGUUAUAGAGCAGGAUUAAGCCCAUAGAUGGAUUUCAGAUGCAACAGAAACUUUAGAUCCUGGCUUAAAAACCCAACGGAUGAAGAUGUUCAUAAUAGAAAACAGUUAUGGAAUUCUGACCUAUUUUGUAACUGUGAUCUACAUCUUCUAUUCGGUAAGACGAAAUGGAUCUUAUUUUUUGAUAUUAUUCAAGAGACGCAGAAGCUUUAAAUCCUUCACAUGAAAAUGGAAUUUGAAAGAUAG